UCGCCCAUUGACAUCGUGCAGUGUUUGUGUGUGUUCGUGUGUGUGUGUAUGUUUUGCUCGUUUACUUGGUCAGAACCGGCAAAAUGGGCGAUAUAGCACUCCGAGCAUCUGAUCUAGUUUUAGAAGUGAUUUUUUCUUAUUUAGAUCUAAACACGUUGAGGAACUGCUCGAUGGUGUGCAAACGAUGGAACAAAUUCUUGAACUACGAGAAUAAUGGGGCGUGGAGGAUGCACUGCAUACGAAAGUUGGCCCAGGAGGCCCUUAGUUCCGAUUUAUUGUCAUCGGUGCCCACCUACAAAUCUAAACUGCGUGCGUUUUAUCACGCAUGGAACCCUCGUGAUCGUUCCCGAAACAUUUACAUUAAACCCAACGGAUUCACCCUGCACAGAAAUCCUGUUGCACAAAGUACAGAUGCCUGUAGAGGUAAAAUUGGUUUCCGACAUGGUCGUCAUGCCUGGGAAGUCAUUUGGGAAGGACCUCUGGGUACAGUAGCAGUUAUAGGAAUAGCAACCAAGGAAGCGCCAUUGUUAUGCCAUGGGUAUGUAGCGUUGCUGGGUUCUAAUGAGCAUUCGUGGGGAUGGAAUCUAGUGGACAAUCACCUAUUACACAAUGGAGAUGUGCAAGGGAGUUAUCCAUUACUUAAUAAUGCCCCCAAGUACCAGGUUGGGGAAAGAAUUAGGGUAAUAUUAGAUUGUGAUGAUAACACAUUAUCUUUUGAAAAAAAUUACGAAUUUUUGGGAGUGGCAUUUAGAGGGUUGCCAGACAAAAGAUUAUAUCCAUCCGUAUCCGCUGUAUAUGGAAACACAGAGGUAUCUAUGGUGUACUUAGGACCUCCUCUAGAUGGCUAACACUUUACUUCCAGUAGAGAUGUGUUUUUGAAGGUUUGUUCAGGAAUGUACAAUGAAAUCUCAAUGCAGAUUCUCUGCAUUGUACCAGAAUGUCUACUAUGAAGUAGAACUAGCGCGCACUAAUGAACUGUAUGAUACUCUUUACAAAGGAUGUGUGCCUGUUCAUUCAGUCAAUACAUUGUAAAUAGUAUUAGCAUUCCAUUUAAACUGAUAAAUCCGUAAUAGGGCUUUAUACAGUGUGAACAGUUGUAAGUUACUCAACAGCAGAGCACGAAUAAAUUUCACUUAAAAUUGUGCAUCUUCUACUAGCUAGCAUCGAGAAAGAUCUGUAUGUUUGAUACGAAAUUUUUUCGGUUAUUACGAGCUCCACCGACGCCGCGAUCGAUUUCAGCAGCCUCGAUGCAUUUUAGAGGAGAAU